AUGUCCGGCUAUCAUGAUGCCAUUCUAAUAUGUAAAAGCAACAGACAAGAAGACACCUUCCAACCAAAGGAGAUUAAAAAGGUGAUACAGCGUGCCUACGACGAUCUUGGCCCGAUGAGGUUUGCAGAAUGGGCUGUAUUGGGGCAUUUUCUGGUCAUAGUCGUACUAUGGAUCACCCAAGACCCGAAUGUAUUUCCCGGCUGGGGUUCUUUCUUUCCUACCGGCCUUUCAAGUGCAACUCCGACAAUACUGAUCACUAUCUCGCUGUUCAUGUUUCCAUCUGAGAGACCGCUCCGUCUAAUAAGAACAAGGGAACAGCAAACUAGAGCUGAGAGCGAUCCAGAAAUGUGCCUAUCGAACGAUGCAAGUACGAGUACAGCUGGCGUUAACGAUGCUACGAAAGGGAGUGAAAGUCACCCAAAACUAGCCAAAGUCAAGUCCAUUCCCGCGCUUAUCAACUGGGACGUGGUACAUGAGAAGAUGCCAUGGGGUGUACUGAUUGUUGUAGGUGGAGGAUUCGCCCUUGCAGAUGGAUGCGUGGAGUCUGGUUUGUCAGCUUGGUUAGCAGAGCAGUUUAAGAUCUUUUAUGGGAUACCUCCUUUCGCCGUGGCUUUUAUCAUAGCCAUCAUGAUCUCAGUCCUUACCGAGUUUACUGCUAACACAGUCACCACCUCUAUCUUUCUUCCUAUCGUGGCGGAGAUGGCUGUUGCUACGAGGAUAAACCCGUUAUAUCUGAUGGUCACCGCUACAGUCUCUGCCUCCUUCGCCUUCAUGCUCCCCGUAGCUACCCCGCCCAAUGCCAUCGCAUUCUCUAGCAAGGAAAUCAACGUUAUCGAUAUGGUGAAGACAGGUUGUCUCCUCAACUUCACGUGCGUCUGUGUAUUACUCUUCUGUAUGAACACCCUCGGUCGACUGAUCUUCAACAUUGCAGUCUUUCCUGACUGGGCUAACAGUCUUGAUGCCAAUACCACCGACAUUUACAACGUGUAUAACUCCACAUCCGUACCAUUUUGAACUGACCAUAACGACCUUUACAAAUACACAUGUAGACAUCCUUUUCUUACCUUCCCUCUACUUUUCCCUCUUCUUUACAAAUAUGUUUCAAGCUUUCUUUUUCUUUGCAGCUGUUUCUAAGAAAGAUGAUAUUGUUUAAGUAAGUUUGGCAAUAACAAAGUAAAUCAAUUUCAACAGCCCAUAGAAAUGAAUGUGGCCGGUAUGAUUUUUGUACAUAUUCAAUCCUUUGAUUUGUUGAGCUGUCGAAUUCAAAUUUAUAUAGUUAUAGUCUGAACAACUGCCCCUAUUAACAGUACUUUAGACUGAUGGGCUCCUGAAUAACAUUUUUAAUUUGAAGGCCUUUUUAAGCUCUUAUUAUAGAGAUAUCGACUGCUUUGAGAGGCUUGGCUGUCUCAAGGGAACGCGCGCAGAUCCUGCCAUUACCCUGAGGCGCGCCUGGGUCUGCUAGUUCCCGAGAGCAUAAUAAAGCAGCCAUACCUCGAAUAUUAAACCAGUCGAUAUAUGUUUUUUAUAUGCCGAAUUGAAACAAAAAUCUACCAAGAAUUCUUA